AUGGCGACAAAGCGAGGAAGUCAAGCCGCUAUUGCACCGCACACGCUCGAGUUUGCACCAGCGUGCAAGCAGUUAGCACUAGUGCUUCUGGCUAUUAACCUCAUUAGCUUCACUGUCACUUGGUACAAGGUCUGGUGGGACUCAAUCAUUGGAGUAUGUGUCAUGGUCUACGGCUACUGGGCUCUUCGGGACACUAACCCUGCUCAUCUUGAACCGGCUCGAGUGCGAAAUUUUCAUCAUGGUAUCAUUUUCAGCCUCACCUGCCAUAUUAUCGCUGUAGGUGAAGUCACUUACUCCAUCAUCAGGUUAUACCUGCUCGACAAAAUCGUUCGCGAUGCAGUAAGCCCGGGUAUUCCACUCUUCGUCUUCCUUUACUUGUUCCUGCUCGUCGAGAUUGGCGUCACGUCGUUUGGUGUGGAGAAAUCAUACAACCUUUGCCAGGAGAUAGCGCGUAACGAGUAUUUUCUGCAGAGCGAGGCACUAGUAUAG